UGGGCCUCGUCCGGCUCUUUUGAAGCCGGCCGGGGUCGGCCGGCCCUUCCUUCCGAGGCGAGCGGGGCAGGGAGGCGCGGCCGUUCGCAAGAGGGAGUGCUAGAAAGCGGGGCCGGAAUGCGGGCCCCGCGGCCUUCCGGCUGAGCCGCGCUCCGGGCCGCCAUGGAGAUCAGCCACUCGGUGAGGGAGCGCACCAUCGCGGAGAACAGCCUGGUGCUGCUCCUGCAGGGCCUGCACAGCCGCAUCACCACCGUGGAGCUGCGCGACGAGAGCGUGGCCGUGGGCCGCAUCGUCAACGUGGACGCCUUCAUGAACGUCCGCCUGGGCGAGGCCACCUUCACCGACCGCCGCGGCCGCGCUUGCCGCCUGCAGGAGCUCUUCAUCACCGGCAGGAACGUCCGCUACGUCCACAUCCCGGACGAGGUGGACAUCCGGGCCACGAUCGAGCAGCAGCUGCAGCUCAUCCACCGCGUGCGCACCUUCGGCGGCCGAGGCAAGGGCAGGACCGAGUUCCUUCGGGCAAAGCCAGCGGGCAAGUGAGCGGCCCGGCGGGCAGUCGGAGCCACGGGGCAGCCGGCGCUGGAAACCUGCUUGCUCCCGGAGACCCGUCGCUUGCUUGGGAAAGCCGUGGCGGCUUCCCCCGCUCCGGUUCAAAGGGGAAUCGGAUGGUGACUUUCCUUUGCCAGAAUAUAAACCUCCGCCUGCCAAUAAGAAGGAGGUUUUCGGAGGCUUUUCUGUUUACAUUCUUUCCCCCCUGAGCUGCUUUUCCCGCUCAAGAAUAAACUUACAAGCUUUAAAAUUCAGCCUGCUGAAAGAAAUCCAGACUGCCUGUUGGAGCUCUGUAUGCCGAUGCUUUUGGAUUACAGUAAUCUGUAGUCAGAAACGAAAACUGAUUUUGCACCUAAUGGGUUGGAUUUUCUGGAGCUUUUUGUAUUAAUUUGUUAAGUAAAGGAUGGUGAGCAAAAUGUCCCUCUUUUAUCUGGGGAAAACCCAGACACACAAAAAUGAAACAGUCCAGAAUUCCAGGGCUGGUUCUUCACAUUACUUCUUUAUGGUCCCUGGCCUGUAAAAAAAAACUGCCUAAAAAGAAUGAGGUUCAAAACCAUGCCAUUUUUGCAUAUUUGAAGGCUGGGCUCAUACAACACACUAGUCCUAGCAAAAACAGAUGGUAGUGGGUGCCCGUAAUUCAGUAUGAUAUAGCAAUACCAUUCUAUUAGGCCAUAAUUUGAGUUUUUAGGACUGUUACAUUUUGUUAACCUGAGUUAGGCUUUGUUGCAUUGGGCCAACUCAACCACAGCAGAUAGUAGAUUGGUAGUAGAUUGCUGGAGUAAAUAUGGGUGGAAUUUUGCUUGCAAACAGUCUCAUUGAAUCUUGCUUGCUUUAGAACUGCCUGCAACUUUGUCUAGGUGUCCCUGCAUACACACACUGCAAAAGGGCUGAUGGAUAACAUAGGUUGCAGAUGGCUGCAUUGUGCACUGCUCCCAAGUCCCAGCUGCACAUUGUGUAGAAGUGCACACCCUGAGUGCUGAUUGGAUGAUCCAACUUCCUGUUCUUUGCUAUUUGAGCACCCCCUAGCCAGAACAUUACAUUUGCAGAAAUAUAAAUGGAACAUCUAUGCAGCUGUCCCCAAAUGACAGGUAUAUGUGUUCCCUGACAUACAUUCAGUCUCGAACUGGAGUGAGCAGUGAGUUAGCCUGCAAUACUGCAUUCUAACCACUGUGCCACCACACAGUCUAGGAAGAAUUCUACCCCAGAAAAACGAGAUUGCUCCGGAAUGAAAGCCAGCUGCUUGAAAAGGUUUCCUUUAUUGGCAAAGACAAAAGCUACUUCAGCUAUCGGUUCUGGGACAGCUGAACGGUUUGGGAAGUUGUUGCCUACUUGAGGUUGUGAGUGGUCCCCAAGGUGCGGGGUAAUGCUAAUCUUAAAUGUUCAUUUCCUUGGUCUAAUCCUAUCAGUUUGAUUUAACAAGUUGAGGCUUGCUUCUACUGCAUUGCCUAUUGCUGCUGCCUCCCUUUCAGAAUGAAAUGGGGGAGUUCUGGUUUUAUAAAUGAAUAAAACUUUGUUUCUAAAAAU